AUGGCAGUGGCCAAUGUCGGUUUCUUGGAGCACUUUGACAAACCCUCGGCUCCAAGUUUGAUCGAAAUGCCUGCCGCUCCAGCUGGUUUCCUCGAUCUUCAAUGGACAUUCUAUCCUGGCUACGAUAUCCGCAACUCGACAGUGGCCACAUUACACUGGAAGACUGCAGAGCUGGUUGACAUGUAUAGAUUCGAUUCACCGGAUGACGCGGCCAACGAGAUGCCUCUGACAAGGGUUCUUCGACUCAACUAUGUGACAGAGCAAUAUGAAGUCGUUGCACAGAUCAAAUGGGGUGAGGUCUCGUCGGAUUCAGUGGUCGAGUUCCUGGCCGCGGACUCGAGAGCAACUGUCUCUGAUCUUCGACAAAAGCAUCCGGAGAGACCGAAUAGCAGAGCACGCUAUUUCUCGGCUGGGGACUCACACUACAAAUGGUCCCCAGGGGAUAGAAGAAAGGAAGAUCUCUUAUGCACACAGACCGUCUACCCGAAUUUGGAUCGCUCUGCUCGACCUCCAUCCACGCCACACACCCCAGAUCUCAAUCUCGUCCCGGCGCUGGCGGGCCCCCGGAUACGUUUCUGCCCUCGCACUCCUCGCGAUUUCCGCCCGCCAACCGUCCUCGACUCCAGCCAGUCCCCCCAAGCCUCUGCAAGCAUGGCCCAAAGUAUUGUAAUGAACUGGAGCUUUAAGAGUGGCGAACCAGUCAUCGAAUCUACGCUCGAUACGCACAGCGAAACGGGAGAUUUUGUCCCUCGCUAUCGCUUUACGAGAGGUCCAAACGGCGCUACAAUGGUUUACAAAAUCCACAAUCGUACCGCGUCUCAGAUUGGACAUAUUCGCUGGAGUCCAGCGAUGCACAGCUCUUCGAUAUUCUUGCGUGCCAACGCUUUCUACAAUGGACGCGGUAUUGGAUCCGGUAUUCCUUUGCACGAAUUUCGAAAGAGAGUCGAGGGUUCGCCAGAUGCACGAGAGUUUACCCUCAACGGCCGCAGCUUCUUUUGGAUCCGAAGCAACGAGCAUUUGCAGGACAUGAUCUGCUGGUGCCGCAAACCUGACAACAGUGUCCAGUGUGCCGCCUUUUACGAAGAAAAGGGCGGUGUCCUCACUAUCCACCCCGCUGGUCAAUACCAAGGGGAUGUCAUCGAUGAGAUCCCAGUAUCCUGCGUUGUCAACCUCUAUAUGAGGGAUCUCAAGAGUUGGUAA